AUGCCGAAAGAAUUGUGUCUCCCCAAUACCGCCCGAGGAGACUUUCCGUCGUACUUCUUACAGUCGGACUCAUCGAUUGUGCCAGAUUAUGUUGAAGGUUUAAUUAUUGCACCAAAGGAUGGAAAAAUUAGCGCCGAUAUUUUGGAUGAUAUUGCUCGUUUGGGCGCAUAUUUACACUUAGCAGAUGUAGAAGAACGACCCGCAUGUGUUACAGUUAAAAAUGUUGCUGAAUUGAUUCCAAAAACAGUCUAUCCAAUCCGAACGAUUGAUCAAUGGGUUGAACGUAUCAAUGCGAAAUUACAUGCAAUCCAACAACACAAUAUCAAUCAAACUAAUGCGCGAGCAAAUUUUUUGGAAAUACUUGAAAAAUGUCCCUAUUUUGGGAUGACAUUUUUCUUCGUCUAUAAUGUUAUUGAUGAAAAUGAACAAACAGGCGAAUGUUUACUUGCUAUUAAUAAACAUGGCAUUAAAGUGAUUAAUAUCAAUGAUCGUGAAGAAAUAUUAAAGAUUGCAUUAACUGAGAUUAUAUCGACAAAUCGUUACUCCACACAACAAGGAAUAUUUUUGGAUAUUAAAAUUGGUAAUCAAUAUAGGAAUAAAAAUAUAACCAUAUGUACUGAACAGGGUAUUGAAAUUUCACGUCUUUUGGGACAGUAUAUUUAUGUGGAUAGCGAAAAUCGUGCAUUUAUCACAGGUAUCGAACAGCAAGAAUUACGAAGCUAA